AUGGAACCGCUGUCCCGAGUCCUGCUUUGGAAACUUAUACUUCUGCAGGGUGAGUGUGCAGUGGGCAAGGGACCUUCAGGGCUGGCGACGGCCGGCAGCUCCCUGGUGUCCGAGGUGACGGUGAACUGGGAAGCCGGCACCGGGGCCGUGCUGCGCUGCCAGAGUCCGCGCAUGGUGUGGACCCAGGACCGGCUGCACGACCGCCAGCGCGUGGUCCACUGGGACCUCAGCGGCGGCGGCCACGGCCCUGCGCGCCGGCUGGUGGACAUGUACUCGGCGGGCGAGCAGCGCGUGUACGAGCCGCGCGACCGUGGCCGGCUCCUGCUGUCGCCCUCUGCCUUCUACGACGGCAACUUCUCGCUGCUCAUCCGCGCUGCGGAGGAGACCGACGAGGGACUGUACACCUGUAACCUGCACCACCAUUACUGCCACCUCUACGAGAGCCUGGCCAUCCUCUUGAAAGUCACUGACGACCCCCUGGAGGCCGGCGCGCUCUGGGACGGCGAGAAGGAGGUGCUGACCGUGGAGCUCGGGGCGCCGGCGCUGCUGACCUGCGUGAACCGCGCCCACGUAUGGACGGAUCGGCACCUGGAGGAGGCGCAGCAGGUGGUACACUGGGACCGACAGCCGCCCGGGGUGCCGCACGACCGCGCCGACCGCCUGCUCGACCUCUACGCCUCCGGGGAGCGCCGCGCAUACGGGCCGCCCUUCCUGCACGAGCGCGUGACCGUGGGGACCGAUGCCUUUGCGCGCGGCGACUUCUCACUGCGAAUCGACCCGCUGGAGCCGGCCGACGAGGGCACGUACUCCUGCCACCUGCACCACCACUACUGCGGCCUGCACGAGCGCCGCAUUUUCCACCUGAAGGUCACCGAGCCAGUGGUGGAGCCGCGCGCCCGGGACUCUCCGGGGAACGGGUCCAGCCACAGCAGUGCGCCCAACCCAGACCCCUCGCUGACACACGGCCACAGCAUCAUCAACGUCAUUGUCCCUGAGAGCCGGGCCCACUUCUUCCAGCAGCUUGGCUAUGUGCUGGCCACCUUGCUGCUAUUCAUCCUGCUACUCAUCACGGUCGUCCUGGCAACCCGUAAGCACCGUGUCCACCGCGGAGGAUAUGCUCAUUCAGACAGAAAGUUGGGGAAGUCGAAGGGGAAGGAUGUGAACAUGGCAGAGUUGGCUGUGGUCUCAGGGGACCAGGCUCCUUACAGGGGUGAAGACAUCCAACUAGAUUACAAAAACAACAUCCUGAAGGAAAGGGCUGAACUGGCUCACAGUCCCCUGCCUGCCAAAAACAUUGACCUGGACAAAGAGUUCAGGAAGGAGUACUGCAAAUGA